GCUCAGCUCCACUGCUCGGUCACCCACACACACCUCAGCUCGAGGCGACCUUGCUUUCCUGCCGUUGCGGCCGCCGCCGCCGCGCUUCUUCCCUCAACCCGUGCGGCCGGCGAGGCUUGGGUUUCAAUGCGAGGUGCCUGCAAAUGGUGACAAUACAGCUAGUCCUAAUGAAGAAAAGUACCAAGACUGAAGAAUUAUAGGAUCAUAACAUAUAAUAUUACUGGGGAAAUCAGAAAUGGCAGACAUGAGGCGCCACUCGGUAGAUGUUCCACUGUCAAGAACAUUGGUGCAGCUCAAGAGGGUGAGGUCGCUGCGGGAUCCAGCAACAAACUCUUUGAGCAAGUAUGCAUCUCCUUCUGACAAUAUGAUCUGGGAGACCGCUUCUAGCAAUGGAGUCGCAAUGGAGCUAGGUAGGUCAGCACAUCAUCAAUUGAUCGAAGAAGAUGGAGAUUUGGAAGCAGAAGCUACAUUGGGUUCAGAGCGGAGUUUUCGGGCACCAAAUGCAAGAUCCGCAUCAUAUAGGAAAUCUUCUGUUGUCAAGAUCAGAGGUUUAAACCCAACUAGAAAUAAGCAGGUACAUCGUGUGCGCCAAGAUGGUCAUCGCAGGUCACUGGAUUCUAGCCACUCUAAUCAUAGCUCUAUUCGACAAUUGGCGAACACUAUGGUUAACAAUGUAGCUGAUGGGAAGGAAGAAGAGGAGGAAGUGAAUUCUUAUGAGCGUGCAGUCCCCACACUGCCAGAAAAGUCUGAUGAAGAAGUCAAGAUGACAGCGUUUUCCAAAUUCAGGAACAAAUCUUCUGCUGCGAUGAGCCGUGUCGGCAGCCCUUGUAUGUCAGCCAGUGAGGCACGGUCAAUUGGGUCGAGAAGAACUGAGGAAACACGAGUCAGGUCAAAUGAUGUUGUUGGAUCAAAUUUCAGUGGGUGUGGAAUAAGCUACUGCUGGUCAGGGGCAUCAAAAUACCGUGACCUUUAUUAUGACAGUGAUGGUCCAGAGCAGCCUCUGUUGUCACCUGAGGGGACUGAUGCAGCGUUCCAAGACAAUGUACCAUACACUGAGACGCCAAGGUGUUUAAGUCAGAAAUUUCGCCCUCGAUCCUUCAGUGAGCUGAUUGGCCUCAGUGUGGUUGCUCAGUCCCUCUUAUAUUCCUCUUGCAAAGGAAAAGUUGCUCCAAUGUACUUAUUUCAUGGUCCCCGAGGUACAGGCAAGACGUCCACAGCACGGAUUUUUGCUGCAGCUCUAAACUGCCUCUCUCUGGAAGAGCAAAGGCCAUGUGGGUUCUGUAAAGAGUGUGUCAUCCUCUUCUCCGGGAGGAGUAGAGAUGUUAAAGAACUUGAUGCAGCAAAAAUGGAUCGUUUAGGUCGAGUGAAGGCACUUCUCAAGAGUGCAUCUCUUGUCCCAUACUCAUCGCGCUUCAAGGUCUUCAUAGUAGAUGAAUGCCAUCUGUUACCAGAGGAUGCUUGGUCAGCAAUACUGAAGAGUCUUGAUGAACCAUACCGGCAUACUGUGUACAUUAUGAUUACUUCUGACAUAGAUAGCCUCCCACGCACUUCUAUCACACACUGCCAGAAGUUCCAUUUUCCAAAGAUAAAGGUUGCAGAUAUUGUCUACAGGUUGGAAAGAAUCUGCAUACAGGAAGGGUUAGAAUUUGACCAUGAUGGCUUGUACUUCAUUUCUGCAAAGUCUAAUGGUUCUCUUAGAGAUGCAGAAAUAAUGCUUGAUCAACUCAGUUUGCUUGGGAAGAAGAUCACAAUUUCUCUUGUCCAUGAACUUGUAGGAUCAGUGUCCGAUGAUGAGUUGAUUGAAUUGCUUGAUCUAGCUUUGUCUUCAGACACCACCAACACAGUAAGGCGUGCUCGAGAGCUUAUGGCAUCUGCAAUUGAUCCUCUGCAGCUGGUCUCUCAAUUGGCAAACCUUAUUAUGGACAUUCUCUCGGGAAGAUGCCAGUCUGCAGUCACUGAAGUCAGCAAAGGUUUUUUGGGAAGAUAUGCAAUAGCCGAAGUUGGUAUAAAGAAACUUAGACAUGCACUGAAAAUACUAUCGGAAACUGAAAAACAGUUGAGAACAUCAAGAAAUCAGGCUACUUGGGUCACAGUUGCGCUUUUGCAGUUUGGCACCAAUGAAUCUAACCUUACUGCAGAGUCGAACGACAUGCAUGCGCAUUCAGCAAUUGGAUAUACAGAUGAUUGGGUUUCCAAGGUGAACUCAAGCUCCAAUUUCUGCCAUGCUUGCAACAGCAACAAGUCCAACUGUUCUGAGAGACACUGUAGGCGUCUUAAGCUAGAAAACAUCUGGAAGAGAGCAAUAGGAAAGUGUCAAUCAAGGUCAGCCAAAAGUUUCCUGAGGAAGGAGGGUUUCCUAUCAUCAGUCCAUGUUACUGAAGAGCUGGCUAUUGCGGAAGUUGGAUUUAGCCAUCCAGAUCACAUAUCAAGGGCAGAGAAAAUGCAAAGCCUAAUAGAAAGCACGUUACAGAAUGUUCUUGGCUGCAAUGUGGAGGUUAGAUUCAAACUUGUUCCACGACCACUGAGAAAAGAUGCUAGGUCAAAGAGACAGUCCUUUAGUCUGCUCAGCUGCUCAGGCCGGAAGCAAGAACUGUCAGAUUCGGCUGUGACGGACGAAGAUGAAGCUGGGAGGCAUGAAGCAAGAGAAACACUGUCCAAAGGCUACUCCUCUAGUCAGCAACAAUCACCAUUCAUGAUGCAACCCACUGAUUCUAAACCAACAGUUCAUGGCUGCGAGGACGAUGCUCGAAGCACCUUGACAUCAAACAGAUCCAUGACUGAUGACUUGACAAGGACAUGCAGGUCAGACACUAACUACUCAAAGGGAGCCAGUGAGCAGGGUCGUUUUGAUAGCAUCCAGGAGCCUGACCUUCAACCAAAUUGCUUCUCGCGGACAUUGAAGCUUCAGAAGAGGUUCUUCUCAUCAGAUGCUGCUCACACGAUCUGUUUGAAGAUACAGCCGCACAACAAGAUGGAUUUCCUACCUAAGAAGGAAUUUGACACUUAUUUCUGCGCAUAUGAGCCUUAUGAGCAGUGUUCAAGAUCAAAUUCGCACGCCACUUACAGCUCAAGAGAUGAUCAUUUGUGGACCAAGAAUUCUUCACGGUUUGGCUCGCAUUUGCUCUGCUGGAGGGGCACUAAGCAAGCAAUCUAAUAGAAAAUGGAUGAGCAAACUAGACGAAUCAUAUUUUAGGCUGCCUCAAUUUUUUUGCCCGAAGCCGGAAAUUGGGACACCUAUGGCAGCAAUUUAUGAGGGAAAAAUGGUGGAUUGUACUUAUUCUGGAUUGGCUGAGAUGGUUGCACUUGACCGAGUUCUUGUUCUUGGUAAAACAACCAAUGAACUUAAGUUCAAUCUGUAAGCUGCAUACUUUUUUUGAACGGGAGUAGGCUGCAUUUAGUUGGAUGUUAGUUAUGCUGAUUUGACAAGAGAUUUGUGCAACCUGUUUCCAGCUCUUUACUGUUAUUUAAAGGAAUAAUGCAAGCAGUCAGUUGUACAGCAUGGCAAUGAUUCCAGUGAUUUACUUCUGUUACUUAAUUAGAGUACCUUUUGUUGCAAAAAGGAAAAUAGAGCUGGAAAAACUUAUCAUUACCCCUUAUCU